AUGCAAUUUCCAAUCGUAUUCUUCACAUUUUUCUUAAUUUCUCAAGUUGCGGCUGAACCUGAACCUGGUGCUGGAAGAAAGUUCGUUGAACCUACGCCUAGACCUACGACUAGACAAACGCCAGCACCUCAACAACAACCAGCACCUCAACAACAACAAGUACCUAGACAAGAGCCUGGACCAAGUCCAAGACGUGAACAAGCCCAAAGACAAAGACCAAUUAGUGUCGAUCUUUCAUUUGCUGUUAACAACGCUUACGCAACUUGCAGAAUGACUUGUCAAUAA